CGGAAGCGCUUGCUGGGUGCGGGCUGCAGCUCAAAGAUGGCGGCGGAGGAACCUCUGCAGAAGCCGGAGCCGCUGGGGGGGGACACGGAUGGAGUGAACUGUCUGGCAUACGACGAAGCCAUCAUGGCUCAGCAGGAUCGCAUCCAGCAGGAGAUUGCCGUCCAGAACCCUCUGGUGUCAGACAGACUGGAGCUGUCAGUUCUGUACAAGGAGUACGCGGAGGACGAUCACAUCUAUCAACAGAAGAUCAAGGACCUGCUCAAAAAGUACUCGUACAUCCGGAAGACGCGGCCCGACGGCAACUGCUUCUACCGGGCAUUUGGCUUCUCGCAUCUGGAGGCCCUACUGGAGGACAGCAAGGAGCUGCAACGGUUCAAGGAGAUCUCUGCCAAAAGCAAGGAGGACCUGGUGUCCCAGGGCUUCACAGAGUUCACAAUCGAGGAUUUCCAUAACACGUUCAUGGACCUGAUAGAGCAAGUGGAAAAGCAGAUCACGGUCCCUGAGCUCCUGGCCUCCUUCAACGACCAGAGCACCUCUGACUAUCUGGUGGUGUACCUGAGACUGCUGACCUCCGGCUACCUACAGCGUGAGAGCAAGUUCUUCGAGCACUUCAUCGAGGGAGGCCGCAGCAUCAAGGAAUUCUGCCAGCAGGAGGUGGAACCCAUGUGCAAAGAGAGCGACCACAUCCACAUCAUCGCCCUGGCUCAGGCCCUGAACGUGUCUAUCCUGGUGGAGUACAUGGACCGGGGCGAGGGUGGAGGCACUAACCCCCAUGUCUUCCCAGAGGGCUCGGAGCCCAAGGUGUAUCUACUGUACAGACCAGGACACUACGACAUCCUGUAUAAAUAGGUGCCGGCCAGCUGCCUCCGCUCCCUCCCCCCAGGCGUACCGUGGGCCCCCUCUCCCCGCACCAGCAGUCUCUGUGGUUGUAAAUGGUAAUCUCUCGCGCUGCUCUCUUUGUUUUCUGUUGUUACACUCGCCUUGCUGUGUUUUAUUAAAGGGAUGCUGGUGAAUGGA